AUUCAGGCAGAGUCUCUCCUCCAUGAAACACACACAGAUCAUAUUACAAGUCAUGAGCUGAGCUGAUUUGAAAGCUGCAACCUAAGCUCCCUCCUUCACUCACUGACAAGGCAGUGGCUUUUGCACAGCACAGGCAAUGAAUCGCUUGGUGUGUCGGGGGUAGGAGAAGCUAACCAUAAGCACAAGGUAUGCUGAGACUGAGAGCCGAGUGAAACAGAGCCCGCUGCUACGGGCAGUGGUGGAGGAAAGUUAGGAGCAGAGUUUAGUGAAAUAAACAGAGCGAGUUCGAAAGAAAGCAGAAAGUAAGGUGUAACUCAGAAAACAAGAGAGCGUGUGAUAUUGAUGUUAAGUUUGUUUAGGAACUAGAAAGUCACCCAUAAUAAGAGAUAUUACAAGUUAAAGCUAUAUCAGCUGCAGUUACACUCCCACGGCAUCUCUUUAUAAGGAUUUCUAUAACUGAUCUCACGGAAGGUCUCCCCUGAGAGAAGAACAUGCCCUGGCUGAUCCCUAGCAGCAUCGAGCUGUGAACAAGCUGCUUCCUUCUUCGCUAUUGCUGGAUUCUACCUACCCUUAUUUACUGCCACUGCACGGCUGUCUUUUUCUACCGAAGCCAAACUAUGUUAACACAAGCCUUGUCUUCCACAGUCCAGGUUAGCUCCUCCAUAUAAGGAAAGCGGUAGCCAGAGAUUUCAUUCAAAGGAUUAAAAGAACAAUGUUGAAAGCUGUUUUAAAAAAGGGUCGAGAGGGGGUCAAAACCAGCAAGAAAGAUCCAGGUGAAGAAAGUGCUGCACAUGCGCCAUUUCCAGGUCAGAUGGGGGAUUUUCCAAUCGGUACCCCAGGCAUGCAGGAUGACCUAUACAGAUUGAGCUUCUCCAAGGGUGUUUCUGUGUCAUUACCAUCGUCACCUUUGCUUCCACGACAAACAUACUCAAUGCAACAACGAUCUCAUAAAAAAUCACCAGGACCAAUCAGGAAGGCAAAGUAUGUUGAAAGUCCCCGCGUGCCAGGAGAUGCAGUUGCAAUGCCAUUGAGAAAAGUCUCAGAGCUGCCGGAUCACAACCAGAAUGAGGCAGCGCUCGAUAAAAGUUCAAGCUGUUCCCCUGCUGCUCAAGAGCUAAUGACAAGACUUGGAUUUUUGCUUGGGGAAGGGAUUCCAAGCUCAGCUCGAGUACCCAUGGAAGAGAAACACGAAACUAUGUGUACAGUGUCAAGUCAUGGGAUAAGUCCUUGUUCCACACUAACAAACAGCACAGCAUCUCCGUGCACUGCCAGCCCUUGUUCUACCCUAAACAGCUGCAUCAGCAAGACCACCACAAACAGGACAAGCCCCAGUGGAACCAUUAGCAGCCCCAGCUCCACGCUGGAGAGUAAAGACAGUGGAAUCAUAGCAACUAUCACAAGCUCUUCUGAAAAUGAUGAUCGCAGUGGCUCCAGCCUGGAAUGGAGCAAGGAUGGAAGUUUAAGAACUGGUGUCCACCAAGGGAUGAUUCAUGAACGGAGAACAGAUAAUUGCUCACCUGUGGUGGAGGAAGAGGCAUGUGGCAUUGUGGAUAAUUUUCCAAAAACUGACCCACCUCCAGGAGAAGGCCCAGUGUCUUAUACACAGAACACAAGCUCGCUGGUGAUGCAGCGACCCAACUCUGUCGCAGCAACUAGUUCAACAAAAUUGGAAGACUUGAGCUACUUGGAUGCACAACGAAAUGCUCCCCUGCGAACCUCAAUCAGAAUGCCGUGGCAUAACACAGCCGGAACACGAGUGCAGCAGGAGAUCAAAGCACGCUUUGUCCCCUACAAGCCACAAGACAUUCUUCUAAAGCCGUUAUUGUUUGAAGUGCCAAGUAUAACAACAGACUCCGUGUUUAUUGGAAGGGGCUGGCUUUUUCAGGAGAUAGAAGAAAAGUUGAGAAAUGCCGUCCCACCAGAAAAUAGAGGUGCUGUGAUUGUUGGAAAUGUUGGCUUCGGAAAGACUGCAAUAAUAUCUAAACUGGUAGCACUCAGCUGCCAUGGAACUCGUAUGAGGCAAAUCGCAUCAAAUAGUCCACUGUCUUCUCCUAAAAGUACUGAUUUUAGUCCGGAUAUCCCUCUCUCUCAAACAUCAGCACUCACAAGCACCAUGAAAACUACAGGCUCCCAUGAGUCCCCUGAGCAUCACAAAAUGAUGGAUGAUACAGUGAAGCAACUGGCUUCAAAGGUUGUUGCUUAUCAUUAUUGUCAAGCUGACAACACUUACACUUGCCUGGUUCCAGAGUUUGUGCACAGUGUGGCGGCGUUACUAUGCCGUUCGCCUCAGCUGACAUCCUACAGGGAGCUUUUAAUUAGGGAACCUCAACUGCAGAGUAUGCUCAGCCUCCGAUCCUGCGUCCAAGACCCAAUCUCCGCUUUUAGACGAGGUGUCCUGGAGCCAUUGAUAAGUCUACGGCGAGACAGAAAAAUCCCUGAGGAAGAAUUCAUUAUUUUGGUUGAUGGUUUAAAUGAGGCUGAAUUUCAUAAACCGGAUUAUGGAGAUACCAUUGCAUCUUUUGUCACUAAAAUCAUUUCCUUGUUCCCUCCCUGGAUAAAGCUAAUAAUGACAGUGCGGGCUAAUUUUCAGGAAAUAACAAGUUCACUGCCCUUGUCCAAGAUUUCCUUAGAUGAUUUCCCCCAGAACAAAGACAUCUACAAUGACCUGAGUGCCUAUAUCCAAUACAGAUUUAGCACUAGCCAGGAAAUCAUGAACAAUAUAUCUUUAAAUGGGAAAACAGAUGCCAGCAACAUAAGCAAGCUGAGUGAUCACUUGAUAAUGAGGAGCCAAGGUUCCUAUCUUUACCUGAAGUUAACGCUUGAUCUUUUUGAAAAAGGCCAUUUGGUCAUUAAAAGUUCCAGUUACAAAGUUGUGCCAGUGUCUUUAUCUGAGCUCUAUUUGCUCCAGUGCAACAUGAAGUUCAUGACUAAUUCAGCAUUUGAGAAGGCUCUUCCAAUUCUGAAUUUGGCUCUAGCAUCUCUGCAUCCCAUGACUGAUGAGCAAAUAUUCCAAGCCAUUAACGCUGGUAAUGUUUAUGGAGAGCAAAACUGGAAGGACUUUCAGCAGAGAAUGGAGGUUCUCUCUUGUUUUUUAAUCAAACGGAGAGACAAGACCCGAAUGUUUUGCCACCCCUCCUUUAGAGAAUGGCUUGUUUGGAGAGCUGAUGGAGAAAGCACACAGUUUUUUUGUGACCCACGAAGCGGACAUGCCCUUCUUGCAUUCAUGUUUUCGCGUCAAGAAGGAAAGUUAAACCGCCAACAAACUAUGGAACUAGGACAUCAUAUUCUUAAAGCUCACAUUUUUAAGGGGUUAAGUAAGAAGAAUGGUGUUUCUUCUAGUACCUUGCAGGCCCUGUGGAUUGGGUAUAGCACGGAUGGAUUAUCUGCUGCCCUCUCUUCCUUGAGGAACUUGUAUACACCAAAUGUUAAGGUGAGCCGACUCCUCAUCUUAGCAGGAGCAAAUGUUAACUACAGGACGGAGGUUCUGAACAACGCUCCAGUACAGUGUGUCCAGGCUCACCUCGGCCAUGAGGAGAUGGUCAGCCUUCUGCUGGAAUUUGGAGCCUUUGUGGAUGGGGUUUCAGAAAGUGGCAUGACCCCCCUGUGCUAUGCAGCCGCCUCUGGCUACAUGAGUAUUGUAUCCAUGCUCUGCAAAAAAGGAGCAAAGGUUGAUCAUGUCGACAAGAAAGGACAGAGCGCCCUGGUACACAGCGCUUUGCGGGGGCAUUGUGAUAUCCUUAAAUACUUGCUCAGUUGUGAUUGGACACCAUCAAGUCCGCAACAAAACUAUGUGAGAAAAAGCCACGCAUUGCAGCAAUCCCUGACAGCUGCGGCCAGCAUGGGGCAUACUGAGGUGGUGAGAUGUCUUCUGAACCAGGAAAAUGGUCAGUUUUUGGAUAUCAAUGAAAAUGACACACUCUGGGGAGAAACAGCACUUACAUCGGCUGCUGGACGAGGAAAGCUGGAAGUCUGUGAUUUGCUUCUUGAAUACGGAGCUAUCUUAUCAAGGGUUAACAGACGCGGCAUCUCUCCAUUCUUCUGUGCUGUGCGACAAGGACACUGGCAGAUCGCCAGGCUCCUCAUGCAACAUGGUUGUGAUGUAAAUGUGAGCGACAAGCAGGGCAGGACUCCUCUUAUGGUGGCUGCAUGUGAAGGACAUAGUGCCACAGUGGAGUUCCUCCUAUCAGAAGGUGCAGACAUUGGGUCACUGGACAAAGAAGGUCUGACUGCAUUGAGCUGGGCUUGUUUAAAGGGUCACAAGGCAGUGGUUCAAUGUUUAGUAGAAAGAGGGUCGGCUAUAGACCAUAUGGACAGGAACGGCCGCACACCACUGGACUUGGCUGCGUUUUAUGGAGAUGCAGAAAUAGUGCAGUAUUUGGUUGACAAUGGCGCCAUGAUUGAACAUGUUGACUACAGUGGGAUGCGGCCGUUGGAUCGAGCCAUAGGCUGUCGAAAUACAGCAGUUGUGGUAACACUUCUCAGGAAAGGAGCAAAGCUAGGAAAUGCUGCUUGGGCUAUGGCUACCUCCAAGCCAGAUAUCUUGAUAAUUCUCCUUCAGAAGUUGAUGGAUGAAGGGAACAUACUAUAUAGAAAGGGGAAAAUGAAAGAGGCUGCCCAGAGAUACCAAUAUGCCCUAAGAAAAUUCCCCCGAGAAGGCCUUGGAGAAGAAAUUAAGGCAUUUAACGAGCUUCGUGUCUCUCUGUAUCUGAACCUGUCAAGAUGUCGCAGAAAAACAAAUGAAGCAUCAGUUAGAGAAAAGCAGAACUGUCAGGAUCCCUCAUCCUUCUCUUGGGAUAUGAGGGAGUCUCAGGACUUCGGUAUGGCUGAAGAGUUUGCUUCCAAGGCUCUUGAGCUGAAACCAAAAUGUUAUGAAGCAUAUUAUGCGAGGGCGAGAGCGAAGAGAAACAGCAGGCAAUUUGUUGCUGCCCUUGCUGAUUUGCAUGAGGCUUUGAAGUUGUGCCCCAACAAUCAAGAAAUUAAAAGACUUUUGUCCCGUGUAGAAGAAGAGUUUAAACAGCAGCAGAGAACACAGCAGCAGAAGCAGCAAUACCAGCUACCUGUACUGCUUGGCAACGACUCUGACCAAGAGGAGGAAGAGGAGGCUGUGGGUGAAUUAAUGACAAAUCAGCUCAGUUUUGAGGAGAUGGAAGAUGAGGAAUUCUCACAAAGUGACAGCAGAGUCACAGCGCCAUCACGACCAGCACAGGAGAUUUCCAUCGACAACAGAAUACAGGAAUGUGCUAAUAGUAAAUACAAACCAGACUCUCCAGAGGAAUAUCAUGGGAAGAGUGCAUGCUUGCAGAAGGCAUUAGUUAAACAGCCUACAAAGAAAGCACAGAUUGUAAAGACCAACCAGCACAUGAAUUCUUUGCAGUCCCUGCCAAAAUCUGCAAAUAGUUUUUCUUCCAUCAAGGCUCAGGUGUCAGCAGUUUUAGCACCUCAAAGUCCUCUUCCAUUGAAACAACCAACAAGCCUAACCAACAUUAGAAGCUCCAGUAAAGAUGGGACAAGUUCUGUUUCUGGAGUUCAGUCUUCAGCAAACAAUGAAAUGCUUCCUUCAGCCCAUGGUAUCCACAGACAGACUAGUGAGAUUAUACCUUCAUAUAAGACCACUAGCUCAUUUGCAAACAUGACUACAACUACAGAAAGACUUGUGGGGCAUCCUGUGCCUCAGGAGGCCCCAACAAUCUGUGCUGAGAAACAAACUGGAGCCCGUUUGUUCACUGAAAGCAAAAGACUUGCUUCCCAUAGCUUAACGUCAAGUAGCAGCUUUUCGGAGGGUGUAAAAGGACAAGACCUAAGAAGCAAAGAAAUUAAGUUCAGCCAAUCGGUAAGUGGAACUGCAGAGAGUAGAUCACGUAACAUUCCAUUUAUGGGAAUAAUGGACAAAACUGCAAGAUCUUUGCAGCAGGGACCUCCAUUAGCCCGUAGUUGGCAAAGUCAGACAACAGAGCCCUUACAAAUAAAUACCUCUUCUCCUGGGACUGUUCAGACUGCUAAUUUUGAAAAGUUACCUGCCAGGCAGGCUCCUGGUUAUGGUAAUCACAACAAAACUAUGCCAACUGUGUCCGGUGGAAAUGUCCACAAUGGUGUGCACCCAAAAGACAUUGAGGAUGGAAGGUGUCAAAUAUCCAGUUUCUCUCAAGAUGCAAGGGUAUCAAAAGCAGUUCCACAUUCAUACCAGGAGGGAAUGGUCAGAUCAAAAUCACUUUUGAUUAAAGAAGCAAAUUUAAGUUCAAUGCCAUCAACAAAACCAAAGAGAUCUUUCAUUGAGUCAAAUGUGUAAACAUUCAUAUUUCAAUUAUUAAUGUACAAUGUAAAACAUGUCCUUAGGUGUAAACUGUAUUGUUUACAUGUUGUUAGUUACUGGGGUUUGCUGUUUAGUGUUUUCAUUAACCGUAUCACACACAUAUAGACAGGAAACAUAGUUCAAUUAUUGGAUAUAUCUAGACAGGUCUUGGUACAACGGCUAUAUUUGAAGUGCAUUGCAAAAGUUAUAUUGUAGCAGUUAAAGAUCUGAUAAACAAUGCUAUUAUAGAUAUAGCUAUAUGUAUUUUCCUGGCCAGUGCCUGUCACACAUCUCUUAUGCUUAGUUAUAAUGGAUUUAACCCUGUCACUUCCCACUUCCUACUAUAAAUGCUGUUAAGUUGGUACAUACACUGUAUUGAACAUUACACACAUUUCUGAACUUAUUAAUUUGUGGAAAAUGUUUUUAAAUUUAGAUGCAGGUCUAGAAAACACACUAAAAGUCAUAAUCGCAUAAAUAUCAGCAAAGUAUCAGACUGAUCUAGCAGUAGGGGGUGCAUUGGAAAAAGCAUUGCAGACAAUAUUUUUAUUACAUCUAUAUUCAGAGCAGUACAUAAAUAUUGGUUGGAUAUUUGGGUUCACGGAGUAUGUAAUAAAUUAGUAUUCCUCAUCCACUAAAUGCAAAUACCACAGACUUGCAAGUCAGUAAGUCCAAGACAGGAAACUGACUAGAUCUUAGAAAUACUUUUGUUAACAAUAGCACCGGGGAUUCAUUAGAUAUGGCAAAUGUUAAUUAUUUUUGUAUUGCUGAACAUGCACAAUCAUUUUUGUAUCACCCACUCAAUAACUGGAAGUCAGUAUUACUAAAUAUUGGGCUCUUGAUUGAUUGUUUUCGUUUUCCCCCCUUUGUGAACUCUUAGUGCUUAAGAAUGAAAUAUAUAUAUAUAUAUAUAUAUAUAUAUAUACACACACUAUAUAUAUAUAUAUAUAUAUAUAUAUAUAUAUAUAUAUAUAUAUAUAUAUGCACCAAGGGCCUUGUUUAUAAAAUUGUGUUACUUUUAAAUGGAAUCUUCUUCCUUAGUUUAGCCAAUGAGCUAUCCAGUAUUAGAUGAUAAAAUGUGAUUGAUUUAUUUUAUUACUGUGUAAAAAAAUAUUUUAAUUGUGUUGUGAGUUUGUAUUGAAGCAAACUCACAGACGAACCUUGUAAUAGACUAUUUGGAGGAUCUUUGAGUGCACAGCAUGAAGAGGCAGGUAUUUAGAACUCCUGCUUAAAAUAAGACUGAAAUAUUACAGUCAUGAAAAGAACAUUAAUAUUGAUACAUAAUGAUUCUCUGACUAAAGUAAUUAUAUUACAAUUCUUAUUGUUCUGGAAGAAUCCCUUUAUGAGGAUAUCAGUGCCUUACAGUAUAGGAGCACUAAUGGCGCCAAGUAUGCUAAAUUUAUAAUGGGAAAUGUCUAUCCAAAGAUUGUUUUAUUUUGAAAAGUGCAGUGUAACAACGGAGUAUGUAAAUUAACAUUUUCUAAUGAAAGACAUAAUCCUUGGUAUAUUUUAUAGAUGGAUUGUGCUGUUUAGAUUGUAAUAUAAUUUAAGGAAAUAUAUUGCUAUUUCUAUAUAAAAAAACAAAAACAAAUUUGAACAUUACGUUUUCAUAUGUAUAUAUAACCUUAUUUUCUACGUAAAUGUAAUCUAUACAUAGCCAUAAAAUGCAUGUUAAAGCUUCAACCAUACUGGUUAUUGCACUGAGUAAUAUAUUAAUAAUGCAAAAUAUCAGCCCUAACAGUUAUCGCACUUUAUUUUGUUGUAUUCAAACACCUCUAAGGUGCUAUCUUAGAAGAUAAAUACAUUAAGAAAAGGUACAGGGAGUUAGCAUUGUAGGAAUCCUGGCUGUAUAUUUUGGAUAGCAAUAAGCUAAAGGCUAAAUGGGAAAGUUAUCUUUUUAUUUUAAAUUUCAGAGGUGCAUUUUAAAGUGGACAGAAAUCCCUUUUCUCUCUACACCAUUUUUUUUAAUUUGCAGUUUUUGUAUAUAGACUAAUAGUUCUGUGCAGCAUUGUUUGCAAUAAACAUAUUAUAGGGCAGCAGGUAUAUGUAACAUGUCUAUGUAAAAAACAAGUUAACAAAAUGUUCACAGCUCUUGUUGCUUCUCUAUAUAGCUUAUUUAUUUUUGCAACUCCAAAAUGUCUUUUCAUUUGGUUUGUAGCUCUCUUUUGCACAUCUACUGUAUUUCCAUGAGGAAUAAAAAAAUAUCAUUUUACAUGACAACAA